UCAGACUUUCUCCACUCUGCACUGUACCCUCCGGCACUUUAAUCCAGGCCUGUUUGUUUAUUUUUUUGUAUUUAUUUAUUUAUUUUUCAUUAUUUGUAUUUAUUCUUGUAGCUUAUGCACAGCCGUUGAUACAUGUGCCUUUAUGACGAGCUGGUCGUUUUGAAGAUCUCAGCAAAGUGAAGUCUGGCAUGACAACAUGAAUUCACCUUACACAGCUGUGCAGUAUUACCCAGAGUUUCCCUUUCACCGACUCAGGGACCCUUCGUCUCGAUUGUCCUGGAGAGAGAGCUCAUUCCUAACCACAAUGUCCCAGAAUCAGUCAGCACAGACAACUGACUCCUUCAGCCAAGAUGUAUUCAACCAACUGUUUGAUAUGCUGGACCAAUCUGCCAUUCAUUCAGUCCAGCCCAUUGAGCUGAACUUCACAGACAGUCCAGCUGAUGGGUCUGCAGGAAACACCAUUCAGAUCAGUAUGGACUGCAUUACCAUGCAUGAGCCAGAUGAGACGCUUUCUUCGCAGUAUACAAACCUGGGGCUCCUGAAUAGCAUGGAUCAGAACAUUCAGAAUGGUGGCUCAACCUCCACCAGCCCCUACAACAACGACCAUGCACAGAACAAUGUGACAGCCCCAUCACCCUACGCCCAGCCCAGCUCUACCUUUGAUGCCCUUUCUCCCUCACCGGCCAUCCCAUCCAACACAGAUUAUGCGGGGCCCCACACCUUUGAUGUGUCGUUCCAGCAGUCUAGUACAGCAAAGUCUGCCACCUGGACGUACUCAACAGACCUGAAGAAGUUAUACUGCCAAAUUGCCAAGACAUGUCCCAUCCAGAUCAAAGUUCUGACCACCCCACCACAGGGGGCUGUUAUCAGAGCCAUGCCCGUUUACAAGAAAGCCGAACAUGUGACCGAGGUGGUGAAACGCUGCCCGAACCACGAGCUGAGCCGCGAGUUCAAUGACGGUCAGAUAGCUCCUCCGAGCCACCUGAUCCGUGUGGAGGGAAACAACCACGCCCAGUACGUGGAGGACACCAUCACUGGAAGACAGAGUGUAUUAGUUCCUUACGAGCCUCCCCAGGUGGGGACAGAAUUUACCACAAUUCUGUACAACUUCAUGUGCAACUCGAGCUGCGUGGGUGGAAUGAACAGACGCCCAAUUCUCAUCAUUGUCACUCUGGAAACCAGAGAUGGUCAGGUAUUAGGCCGCCGGUGCUUCGAGGCCAGGAUCUGUGCCUGCCCGGGCCGAGACCGGAAGGCGGACGAGGACAGCAUCCGCAAGCAGCAUGUAACGGAUGCCACAAAGAGCAGUGACGGUAUGAAGCGCCCCUUCCGCCAGGUCUCCCAUGGCAUACAGAUGUCCACCAUCAAGAAGAGAAGAUCUACAGAUGAGGAGGUUUUUUGUUUGCCUAUCAAAGGCCGUGAAAUUUAUGAGAUUUUGGUAAAAAUCAAAGAGUCUCUGGAACUCAUGCAGUUUCUGCCACAGCACACUAUAGAGUCAUACAGGCAGCAGCAGCAGAAUCUCCUUCAGAAACAGACUUCAAUGCCGUCUCAGCCCUCCUACGGCUCCUGCUCCCCAACUCACGGAAAAGUCAACAAGCUGCCCUCUGUCAGCCAGCUCAUGAACCCCCAGCAGCGUAACACACUCACCCCAUCCAGCAUGUCUGGAGGCCUGACUGACACUCCUUUUGUCUCUGCAGUGUCUCCUAUGAUGGGCACUCACAUCCCCAUGAACGCUGACAUGAGUUCACUGAGCCCCACACACGCACUGCAGCCACAGCUACCCAUGGUGCCUUCCUCCCACUGUACUCCCCCUCCUCCAUACCCAAUGGACAGCAGCAUCUCCAGCUUCCUUAUACGGCUGGGCUGCGCAGGCUGCUUGGACUACUUCACAGCACAGGGCCUAAGCAACAUCUACCAGAUUGAGAACUAUAACAUGGAGGACCUGUCCAGGCUGAAGAUCCCCGCAGAGUUCCAGCACAUCAUCUGGAAGGGCAUCAUGGAGCACCGACAGGCCAUGGAUUUUUCCCCACCUCCCCACAUAGUGCGCACCACCAGCGGGGCCUCCACCGUCAGUGUGGGCUCCUCCGAGGCCCGAGGCGAGCGCGUCAUCGACGCCGUACGCUUCACCCUGCGCCAGACCAUCUCCUUCCCGCCGCGCGACGAGUGGUCUGACUUCUCUUUUGACCUGGAUUCUCGCCGCAACAAACAGCAGCGCAUCAAGGAGGAGGGAGAGUAAGACAUCUGUCCUCUUCUCGAUGUUCCCAUUUCUCAUUUCACGCCUGCUGUUGGAACAUUUCAUUUGAAAAGGUGGUAUUAGUGCAAAUACUGCUGAGAACAAAAUACAUAUUCAAAUAGAAAUGCACUUAUUUUCAUUAUUGUUCUGGUUGUCGUUGCAGAGGAGAAAUAAAUGGUGUUGAUCAAGGGUGCAUUUUAUUAUGUUCUAAUUUCUUGAGAGCACUUAAGAAAUGCUGAGGAUUUCAAGAUUGCUUUGAGUUAAUAAGUGUUCAUGAUUCAUUCCCAUGUAAAAGCAUGACUGGAAACAAAACUUGCAUUAGAGGGCUUCUUAGUAGGGCUUAUAUUUCUGCUAUGGGCCAUAGCAAAAGUGUAUUUUAAUUUUUAAUAGACUUCUAAGUUUUCACCAUUAUGGUUGUACAAGUUAGUCAGGUACACUGGUGUUCAUUUGUGGCAGAAGUCAGCAUUGAUUGUAUACAUUUCAAACAUUUCCUGUCAGAAGUAUUAUGUCAAUUGAUGGGCAGUUUGUUUUUCUGCUGUACUUUCUAUAUUUUACUGUUUUAUGUCUGUUGUGAGACCAAUGCAUCAUCUUUUUGUGUCAGGUUGUGAAGUAUGUGUGUUUAAGUGACAAAUGGUCAUUCAUUUGAUGUAGCCAUAUAUAGGCCUAAUGUUCUUGACCCAGUGUUUUACAGUAAAAUACUAUGACUGAUGUCCUUCUGUGUUUGUUGCUCUUGUUUUACUGCUGUGCAAAAGUAGUUGAUUGCAUUUUAAGAGCAGACUUUUGCUCUUGCUGGAUGCUUAGCACAAGUAUUUUUUUUACUCAUGAAAUAUGUUUUGGUAGAGGUUUAUUUCAUUUGACAACUGGCCAGAACCUAUGAUAUAAAUGUAUAUAAAUUUGUAUAGUUCUGUUUUUGAAAGUCUCCCUAAAGAACAAAGCAUACUGAUGUGAAUAUUGCCUGGUAGCUUUACCAGUAAGAACAAUGUUUGUAUUAAUUCAAAGGCGUGCAAACAGUAUGUGUGUACCUACACUACCCCAUAGACCCUUUUCAAACUUGUUUCAAGUAGCCAGAACUGUUCGAAAGCAGACACCAUCUGCAGUUUCAUAUUUUUGUACAAUGUAUUGUAAAUAUGUUGCAAUAUACUGAGGGUAUUUUGAUAUAAAUCUGAAAUAAAUAUCCAUACUUGCUGUAUUGCAUGUUAA